AGAAUGUGACACCCAAUCUUUCAGUCCUCGCGCUACUCACCGGCUGCGCGCGGAGGAACAAACCUGCUGUGUGAAACCAAGCAAAUAGAAGAAACAAAACAAACUUUUGACAAACUGGAGUGACUGCACUGUUUUUUCACCAAGCUGUUAGCUGUGCAAAUUAGAAAAAGACUGAGAGUAAAGAAACAAGUCUGGACCGAACGACAAUGGAAUAUGUGAUUUGUUAACCUCGAGGAAUAACUUUAUCUUUUCGGCUGACUUGUCCCCGUAUACAGGCUCCGGAUGAAGACAAACGGGAUACUCUGAAUGAAACCACCGAAACGUGGUUGCUCCGCUGUAAAUAGAAGUAAAUCCGCGUUUUGAGAAGGUGAAUGAAACCCUGGGCAAGGUCUGGAAAGAUCCUUAGGGGAACCAUGGAAGGACUGGAAAUGGCAAGAAAAUAGCACUAGACCUCCACAGGUUGUAUCCGGAAAGAUGUGUAUUUAAACCUGAACUGCCGGGGAGUCGAGAGGUGGCAUGCCUCUGUGAAACGCCACUGGAAACAAAUGUUUUGCUGCCAUGCCUCGAGGGAUGGUGCGUCGUCUUUCAGUCCGGACACUGCUGUUUCUCCUGCUGAUAGCCAUUGGCUGGCCCUUCACCUCAUUACCCAGUUUUAUUGUACAAGGGUCAGACUCCUCACCCUCCAGUCUCUUUCCCACCUUCAUCCGGAAUGACACUCUGUUUGAGCACUUGGCCCUUCAUCCUGACCCCAGCGUGGGUCGGGUGUACAUCGGGGCCCGAGAUCACCUGUUCCAGUUGGAUCAAUUCCUCCAACCUGAACUCCAGGCUGACACUGGACCCAUCAGAGACAGUCGAGAUUGCUUACCUCCUGUUACUGAGAGCAACUGCCCUCAGGCUAGGAUCACCAGUAACCACAACAAACUCUUGCUGAUUGAUCCUUACUCCAUGGAACUUAUUACAUGUGGGAGUGCCAACCAAGGAAUCUGUCAGAAACGUAGUCUGGACAGAGUGGAUAUGGUACUUUUCUCCACCGAGAGACCAGUGGAUACUCAAUACGUAGCAGCUAACCAUCCCAAUGUUAGUACUGUUGGGCUUGUGGUUAGGUCCCAUCCUAACAGACAGCCAGUACUGUUUGUGGGGCGGGGCUACACCAGCAGUCAUCCACCUAUUUCCACAAGAAACCUGGCCCAGGAGCCUGUCUUUUCUUAUGAGGAGACCGCCAAAUUGGCUGUGGCUGGUCGUCUCUCAGAAUAUGACCAUCAUUUUGUUGCCUCAUUCGCCCACCGUCAACAUGUAUACUUCUUCUUCUACAGGCGGGACCUAAAGUCGCAGUCACGCGAGUAUCGCACUUAUGUCUCACGUGUAUGUUUGGAUGACCAGGCCUAUUACUCCUAUGUGGAAGUACCCUUGACAUGCCGUUCCAGGGCAGGAAAAAUAUACAACCUCCUGCAAGCUGUCCAGCUCGGGCUCUCCAAGGAUGGUGUGGGGAGUCAAAGCUUGGAGAUUCUUCUUGGUGUCUUCUCCACACUUUUGGCUUCAUCAACUCGACCAAGUGAAGACUCGGCCCUCUGCAUGUUUAACCUUGAAGAUGUGGACCGCAGGAUUAACUCCACCAGAGACCUGUGCUACACACAGAUGGGUAAAGAAGCAGGAGUGGAGGCGGCUUACAUUGAGUACGAAGUCAAGUCCAACUGUGCCCACCUGCCAGAGAACACCCUGGAGGCCUACCCAUGCGGCUCAGACCACACCCCCAGCCCGAUGGCCAGCCGGGUCGCCGUGGAAGCAGAGACCAUUUUGGACAGCCCAUCUGUCCGUCUCACCACUGUGGCCCUCAGCGUAAGGCCAGGACAUACCAUUGUCUUUCUGGGAGACUCGAGAGGGGACCUGCAUAAGGUGUUCCUGGGACCAAACGGCGAGGUGGAGGAGUACUCUAUUGUCUCUAUCCAGCAGAAUGCAGCCAUCAGCUUGGACCUCAUCCUGGACCAGGAAGAGGAACAUCUUUUCAUUAUGACCCAUAACAUGCUACAGAAGAGACCGGUGGCUGAGUGCCAGCAGCACUCAGACUGCCACUCCUGCCUUCUGGCCCAUGACCCAUACUGCGGCUGGUGUGUCCUGGAGGGAAGGUGUGUGCUGAAGUCAGAGUGUGCUCAUGGUAACCACACAGGUCAGUGGCUCUGGAGCUUUGACAUGGAGCAGCAGUGUCUCGCCAUCCAGGACCUCAACCCCUCCAAUGUCAGCCAGGACGAGAGCAGGAUGGUCUCUCUCUCAGUCCCGGGUCUUCCAGUGUUAGGAGAAGGUGAGUCCUACUCCUGCCUUUUCCUGGACGUCCCUAGUCCUGCCACUGUCACUGAGACCGGGGUCAUCUGCCAUUCCCCUGACACCAGCAGAGUACCCAUGGUGCCUCCAGGACAGGACUUUGUCACAGUCACCUUGUCUCUUCGUUUUGGUGACAUCACCGUCACAGCGAGGGAUUUCACCUUUUACGACUGCAUGGCUGUUAAACAACUGUCUGGCAGCAUGCCUUGCCAUGGUUGUGUUUUGAGCCAAUGGGGCUGUAACUGGUGCGUCCACCAGCACAUGUGUACCCACAAGCCCACCUGUGAGGAGGGGGUGAUCAUCUACAACCAGCAUUUUAAACUCCCCACCUCAGCUCCUCCCACAACCAAACCCAUUCAAGUCAUGACAACACCCAGCACCAUACCGCCUGUCCCGGUAACUACCAGCAUGACUGUGACAACCACCACAGCUUCUCCCACGACAACGUCAACUGUCGCCACAACAACAGCCACCACAGCCCCCACCAGCAUAGCCACCACCCAGGAGCUGGCCACUGCUCCUGUGCUCAGUACUCCACCCACAACCAGCACCAGCCCUGAGCUGUCCCCCCCAGCCACCACCCUGCGCCCCCAGCCUACCAGCACCCUGCCACAUGCCACAGCAGCACUGACCACACCUCCACCUCCAGAGGUCAUUACUAGACAGGAGGCAGAGUCUGAUGCACGAGAGCUUGUCGUUGUCAGCCAGAGUGCCGCUGAAGGCGCUACAGUUACACUCAGUGUUGUCACAAGGCCUGCAGAGCCAGUUACCCUGGCUGAGGGUCUCAGUGGAGAUCUGCACUCUGUCAUGCCUCUGUUGAUUCCGGACUCCUUUCCCCAGGAGGUAUUGAUUGACUCGUCCCCCAGCAAACCCCAGGAAGCUGAGAGAGCACUGAGCCUAGAUGAACUUCCUACCCUGGCCUCACCUGGCUUCCCCCUGCCCACGCCUUUCCCUGUGGGCAAACCAGGAGACUCUGAGCCCUCCCUCUACCUGGAGCUGACCCAGACACCUACACUAAUGACAACACAAGACACUCUGACUGGGGUUGGAAGUCCAUACACCCACCCUGAGGUGCUAGUCUGGCUAAAGGAAGAAGUAGACAUCCACGUCGAAGGUGCUGCUCAGCCCGAAAAUGAUACAGCUACGUUUUCAGCUGCCACUGUGUUAUCGGGUGAUGGUGAGGUUGACCCUUCAUCCUACCCCCACCUGCUGGACACUGACUCAGAGCUGGACUACAAAUAUGAUCCAGCUGAUGCAUUCCUCCCGGGGGAUGAGGGCUCCUUUGUCAGCUUGGGUUCCUCAGCUUGUCCGUGUGUGGAAAAGGUCCAGGGUUCAUCCCUGCUCCCUGUCAGAGUGGAGAGGAAGAUCACCUUACUGGCCCGUAACCUGCACCUUUAUGAGGACCCAGAGCUGGACUAUCAGUGUGUGUUGGUCAUCGAGGGCCAGACCGUGGUGGUGGAUGCAUACGUGGAACCUGAUGACACCAAUCCUUCAUACUUUGACAUAACCUGCCAACUACACCAGUAUACAUAUUCAGCUCCAGUGGAAGCGUACAAUGCCAUGGUGUAUGUGAAGAGGAGGGACACCUUCCAUGUGGACAGCUCUACCAGUCUGUAUGUGACUCUGUACAACUGCUCUGUGGGCCGAUCGGACUGCAGCCGCUGCCACACAGCUGACCAGAAGUAUGCCUGUGUGUGGUGUGGCAGUGGUCAGGCCAGCUGCUUGUAUUCAGACUCCUGCAGUGAACCUGUACAGCAGACAUGUCCUGCGCCAGUCAUCAGCUCUAUUGAGCCGCUCUCCAGUUUGUUGGAGGGAGGCACCAUGGUGACCAUCUCAGGCUCCAACCUGGGCCAGAAGGCUGAAGACAUCCUCCACUCUGUGUUAGUAGCUGGGGUGGCCUGCACCGUCAUCCCCAGCCUCUAUGAGGUCUCCUCCAGGAUUGUGUGCAGGACCAAACCCAGUGGAGGAGAGAAGGAGGGCCCUGUCUCUGUCAGGGUGAGCAGAGGAGAGUUUGGACUGUCCAGCCAGUCAUUCAGCUACCAGGACCCCUUUGUCAUUGGGGUAUCACCUGAGAGGGGGCCCAUGGCCGGAGGAACGACCCUGAUAAUCACUGGCCGAAACCUGCUGACGGGCCGAAUGUCUGACCUCACCAUUACUGUGGGAGGGGUGCCCUGCAACAUUGUUUCAGAAGUGCAGAGGUCCAGUGUCCAGUGUGUGACUGGCAGCAGUAAUAAGACAGGAGAUCACAGAGUCACCCUGCAUUACGGCAGCAGCCAGCGUCACCUCCAUGCUUUACCCUACCAGUACACCCACAACCCCAACAUCACCCAUGCCACACCAGCCAAGAGCUUUCUGGCUGGUGGUCGGCUGAUUUACGUGUCAGGCCACAAUCUGGACGUGGUGCAGGAGCCCCGGAUGGUGGUGACGGUCACUCCCUUUGGGUCAGUCCCCCAGAGCAGCAGGAGGAGGAGGCGGAGGAGGAGUGCAGAGCAGAGGGAGGGGAGAGAGAGGACAAAGGGAAGGCUGGUCAGGAUGAUUCCUGACCCUGUCUGUCCUGGAGACCGCUUCUGCAGUGUCAGAGAGUUCAUAGAGCACUGUGAGGUGAACUCUUCCUCCCUGAUCCUGUGCCGCUCUCCAGUGGUGGACUCUUCUGUCUGGAGGUCAAAAGUCACAGUGGAGUUUCUGCUGGACAAUCUGCGCUUUGACUUCAGCAGUGUGAACCCCCAGGCCUUCAGCUAUGAGCCCAACCCCAUCUUGCACCGCCUGAACCAGCAGGACCCUCUGAAGGCCUACCGCUACAACCCUGGCAGCUUCAUCCAGCUGGAGGGAGAAAACCUGGACCUAGCCAUCACUAAAGAGGAGGUGGUGGUGUUGAUUGGCGAGGGGGUGUGUGCUGUCAAGACUCUGACCAGAAACCAUCUGUACUGUGAGCCGCCACCCCAGCAGCCCACACCAGGGCCCAGUGGAAAGAAACGAGAGGGCACUGACAACCUUCCUGAGUUCACUGUCCAAAUGGGAAACCUCAACUUUUCUCUUGGUAAGGUUCAGUAUGACAACCUCAGCAUGUCCACCUUCCCCUUGGAGGCUCAGAUUGGAGUCGGAGUCGGGGCGUCCAUUGUGGCCCUCAUUGUUCUCAUCAUCGUGCUUAUCUACAGGAGAAAGAGUAAGCAGGCCUUAAGGGACUACAAGAAGGUCCAGAUCCAGCUGGAGAACUUGGAAACCAGUGUGAGAGACCGCUGCAAGAAAGAGUUCACAGACCUGAUGACAGAGAUGAUGGACAUGUCCAGUGACCUGGUGGGCUCAGGCAUCCCGUUCCUUGACUACCGGAUGUACGCAGAACGCAUUUUCUUCCCGGGCCACAGAGAGUCUCCACUGAGGCGAGACCUGGACGUGCAGGAGUGUCGACGCCAGACGGUGGAGCAGGGCCUGGUGCAGCUGUCCAACCUGCUCAACAGCAAGCUCUUCCUCACCAAGUUUAUUCACACUCUGGAGAGCCAGCGGACUUUCUCUCCCAGAGACCGGGCCUACGUGGCCUCCCUGCUCACUGUGGCGCUUCAUGGCAAACUGGAGUAUUUCACCGACAUUCUCAAAACUCUCCUGAAUGACCUGGUGGAACAAUACGUUGCAAAGAACCCCAAACUGAUGCUGCGACGAACGGAGACGGUGGUGGAGAAGCUGCUGACCAACUGGAUGUCCAUCUGCCUCUAUACUUUCCUCAGGGACUCAGCAGGGGAGUCUCUCUACAUGCUGUUCAGGGCCAUAAAGCACCAGGUAGAUAAAGGACCAGUGGAUGCUGUGACUGGCAAGGCCAAGUACACCCUCAAUGACAACCGCCUGCUGCGAGAGGAUGUGGAGUACAAGACCCUGACUCUGAACGUGUUGGUGCAGGGUGGAGGAGUGAAUGAGACCCAGCCACUACCCUCCAAAGUGCUUGAUUGUGACACCAUCACACAGGUGAAGGAGAAGCUGCUGGAUCAGGUGUACAAGGGCACGUCCUUCUCUCACCGACCCCACGCCGACUCACUGGACCUGGAGUGGAGGUCUGGUGUAGCCGGUCAUCUCAUCCUUUCGGACGAGGACCUGACAUCUGUGGUCCAGGGCAGCUGGAAGCGCCUGAACACGCUUCAGCACUACAAGGUCCCCGACAGUGCAACAGUAGCACUUGUGCCUCGCCACACCAAACACAUUCACCACGACAACCACGACUACGUAGCUGGAGAGAAAACGCCAAUGCUGGAGGAUGCAGAUGAAGGUGGAGUGAGGUUGUGGCAUCUGGUGAAAGCCAGCGAGGAGCCUGAACUGCCCAAACACCGCAGAGGCAGCCUGAGGGACCGAGAGAGGGCCAAGGCCAUCCCUGAGAUCUACCUGACCCGCCUGCUGUCCAUGAAGGGCACACUGCAGAAGUUUGUGGAUGACUUGUUCACAGUGAUCCUCAGCACCAGCCGACCUGUCCCACUGGCUGUCAAAUACUUCUUUGACCUGCUGGACGACCAGGCAGGACAGCAUGGCAUCUCUGACCCCGAGACGAUCCACAUUUGGAAGACCAACAGUCUCCCUCUGCGUUUCUGGAUCAACAUCGUGAAGAACCCUCAGUUUAUAUUUGACGUCCAGGCUUCAGACCACGUGGAUGCUGUGCUCUCUGUCAUCGCCCAGACGUUCAUGGACUCCUGCACCAUUGCUGAGCACAAACUAGGACGGGACUCUCCCAUCAACAAGCUGCUGUACGCCAGAGACAUCCCCCGCUACAAGCAGAUGGUAGAAAGGUACUAUGCAGACAUCAGGCAGACUAUCUCAGCCAGCGACCAGGAGAUGAACUCUGCUCUGGCUGAGCUGUCGAGGAACUACUCUGGAGAGCUGAACUACCUAGUCGCACUGCACGAGCUCUACAAGUACAUCAACAAAUACUACGACCAGAUCAUCACAGCGCUGGAGGAGGACACCACAGCCCAGAAGAUGCAGCUGGGCUACAGACUGCAGCAGAUCGCUGCUGCUGUGGAGAAUAAAGUCACUGAUUUGUGACAGAGGAAACAUUCACCAGUGUCACAUCAUCAGCCUGCAGGUUGAAAUGCAAAGCAGGAGAGCACUGAAGGGGCACAUGUGAAAACACACUGUUGUGUUUGAGGAGGAGGAGUGGGAGUAGAGGAGGGGGCGCAUAAAAAAAAAACUUCUCUCAACAUUAAGGAUCAGAAGAUUAAAACUGGCAUUUAAGUGGAAGUGAUUGUCCUUUUUAGGUGUUCAGUACUGAUGGGUCUGUGGCCCCAUGAGGCCCUGAGCCCAUUAUAGAAACAGGAGAGCACAUAGACACCACACAAACCUGGGCAAAGACAGGGGGUGCAUGUAAGAGACAUCAGUCAGGCCUGCUGUCACUCAGCUUAUGAAGAGACAUCUGGAGGGAAAACUGUGUGUAAUCUGUGCAAAAUCUGUGCUGGAUUUCAGACUUAACACAGCAGCUGUCAUGUGUAUGCAGCCAGCUGAUCAGAUCUGAAGACUGAUGAAAGGACUUUAUUUUCUCUCUGAAGUGAAUUUUAUGAUACAAGAGGUACGUUUCAUUCUUGUGUACUGCUGUACAGUCAGAGGUUAUUUUUGCGUGUGUAUGUGUGUGCAUUUAUGCCUAGUUACCCUGGUUGUCAGUCUCCAUCUUGUUACAUUUCAUCCAACUGGUUCUUAUAUUUUGGAUGUUACAGUGAGUAGUAUUUUGAAAACAUUGUGAAUGUUUUCCUUUGUUUUGGAUUGAAACCAUGGUGAUAACAUCAUCAAUAAGUCCCUUAACUUACAGAGAAUCACUGAAGGUUUUCUGUAUCGGUGUUUCUAUUUUUUAAUGUAGUCGACACUUGUUAGCAAAAACACUACUAUGUACCUGUCAGCCAGGUACAACUACCAGUAUAGCAGCACCUUAUACACAUAUACAGUAACAGCAGCUGAGCAUCCAAUUUGCAGUAGUGCGCACACACACACACACACAUACAUAUUUUAGUUCCUUAUUUUUAUUGCUUGUGUGAGGUGAACAUCACACUGUAGUCAGUGGAGCUUUAUAAGGUACUCAAACCCCACUGACUGUUUUUAUGUCUUGAUUUUAUGCUUAUAAGAUAAGAUAAUCCUUUGUCAUUGUAACAUGUACAACAGAAUUUUAGAGUGACCUUCAUUCAGUCGGUGCAGCAAUAAUGUGGAUGUGUGUGUAUAGAGUACAAGUCACUGGAAAGAUGUUAGAGGAAAAACAAAACUAUCAGUGAAGAGGAAUCCUCGUCGGGGCUCCACUGUUUUGUUGUGCGUUUCUGUUCUUUAAGUGUUUCAGCAUUCCCUUUAGGUGAACAACAUGUUAAAUCAUGGUUUGUUCCACUCCAAGCAGAGGCAGUGGGGCUUGUUGACAUGUUUUGGUAUUGAUGUCAUGGUUGGUAUAGAGUUCUUGCUUCAUGUGCUGAACAUUUGUAUGACAUUUUGUUUUGUCAUGUUGUGUCAACUGUCCUGCUACAGGUUCAGUAGGUGUCGAUCUUGUCACACUGUUCUGCUUUUGAUUGGAACACAGACACUUUUCAUACAAAAGCUAAUAUGUGCUGAUAUUUUUGGUAUUUAAAUGAUGGAGGUUGUGUCCAAACUCACUCCCUCUAAUCACUACUCCACAUAUAAUGUACACUAAAUAGUUCACUCAGUAGUGAGCAGGAAAGAUUUCAGACACUUAUUUUGCAUCAUCACUAACCACUGCAGCACCACUCCUCAGUCAUUUUCUCAGUGUUGCAUUGUGGGGGCAGACAGUAGUGUACAUGCCAUGGACUUAAUUUUUUUAUUCCUUUGUGGAAUUUUUGAGUGUCACUAUAUAGUGUAUAGAUUUACAAACUCAGCAUACAGACAAGCAGGCUGUUGAAAUGGUGGACAGCAAAUUUGUACUAUAUAGUGAACAAAGACUCUCAUGCCGUCCUAGAGGUUCACUGGGCUGGGUAUGGUUGUCAAUGCUGGUCAUGUCUCAAACCCCGUUUCCCCUUUAACUAGUGUUUCCAAGGGCACCAGUUGUUGUGGCUGUGGUUUGGUCUUACAGUAAUUUGAGUAAACUUUUGUUGUGGUUAGGCACAGCAGAGAUAACUGGUUGGGUUAACCAGUUAUCUCUUAUCCAUGUUAACCAGGAAACAGACUUUGACAAAGUCCAGUUACCAAUAUGUUAAUAUAGUUUCACAAUCAAAAUUAAGAUUUUUCAGUAACUUAUUUUGCCGAGUUUAUACAGUGCCUAUAAAAAACAUUCCUGAUUUUUUUUUUCUCGGAUCCAGUGUUUGUUGACUCAAUACAAACAGCUGAACAAGAUCCAAACUGUACAAUAUUUAUAGGACAGGACUGAGACUAACCAGCUUUAGUAUUCAAGUCAGUGCUGUAGACACAGUCUCCACCUAAACAUAAUGAGGUUCAGUGACCAAAAAAAGACAGCACUGAAAAGGAUGAUAUUUUCAGAAUGCUCUCAUUUCUGUCCAUGUAAUAACUCAUAUGAACAGAUGGUUUGUUCUGUAAAAUGCUGUCAGUUUAGGUUAGUGAUGAUUCAGACAAGCAGUCUGAGAGAAAACCUAACUCUUAUUAGGCUGUAUCACUUUGUCAGUGUAGAGCAGGCUCUGCAAGGAGCAGUUUUAAAGAUGUUUAUUUUGUGUGUGAAUAUCAUUGUACAUAAUGUAGUGACUAUAACUGUAGAGACUUAACAAGUUUAAUAAGAAAAGAUGCAAAUUCUCAUACAUGCUGUUGUAAUAAAGUAUUCUUAAAACUG